AAACCCUAAAAUUUAAGAUCGAAAUAUUAAAAAUUCAAUAUCGGCAUUACCCUUCUUUGACCCGAAGCAUAUCGUGAGUUCGAGAUUCAGCAUACCAACUCACGAUUUCUUCUCGGCGGGGCUAUCGGCUGUGCGUGCGAUUUCUUCUCCUCGAACUUGGAAGAAACCAAAUAAAUACCAAUACUUUACGUCGUUUUAGCUCCGUUUAGGUCAAAACUCAAAAGUGAUAAAAAUGGGUAACAAGAAGAAGGCGGUGGGAGAGAUGGCACAGGGUAUGGAUAGUUUUUUGCCAUUGGAGGGAAGUAAUGUAGACCAUAUUCAACCCCAGUCUGUUAAGAAAAAAGUGCAAAAAGGAGGCCAAAUGGGUAGUGAUGAAAAGAAACCUACAGUUCUUUAUAUUGGUCAUAUACCACAUGGAUUUUAUGAAGAGCAGAUGAGAGGUUUUUUCAGCCAGUUUGGAACCAUCAAACGGCUUCGAAUUUCAAGGAAUAAAAAGACAGGGAAUUCAAGACACUAUGGUUUCAUUGAGUUCGAGUCUCCUGAGGUUGCUGAAAUCGUAGCAGAUUGCAUGCACAAUUAUCUUUUGUUUGAGCACAUUUUGAAAGUUCGCCUUGUUCCAUCUGAGGAAAUUCACCCUAAACUUUGGGAAAGAGCAAAUUGCAAGUUCAAACCAAUAAAGUGGCAGCAGAUUGAAAGGAAACGUCAUAAUCGAGAAAGAACAGUGGAAGAGCAGCAGCGUCUCAUCAAAGCAAUAAUGAAAAAUGAUGCAAUACGACGAAAGAAAAUUCAAGCUGCUGGCAUUGAAUAUGAAUAUCCAGAACUUAUUGGAACUCUUCCACCAAUUCCAAAGAAGAUCAAGUUCUCUGAUGAGGAAGAUUAGGCACAGGAAGGACAUGAAACAAUAGAUGCAAUUUGAGCAUCUGCCCUAUACAGUCAGUUUCAUGCUUGUUAUGACUGUAUUAAUGCUGUUUUUUUCAACAUUUCAGAAUGUUUAACUCUAGUUUGGGUUAAGUGGAGGAAGGUUCAGAUACAUCUGUAAAAAUAUUGUGAGCUUCUUUAGCUAUGGCAAACUUGUCACAGGGAUGGCUUGCGGUAAUGAUUAGUAUCAUUUUUGAAACUAACCGGGAAUAUAACUUGCAUGUAUAUAACUGUUAUAGAAUUUAUUCAUAGUAUAAUAUAUUCUACAAAUAAUUCAGUGGA